AGCUGGUUUACUCAGUUUGUCAUGCAGGGAGCAGCCAGUGGGUGGGUCACUGUGUGUCCAACCAUCCAAUCCGCCUGAGCCGGCUCUGCUGGCUGCGGGAGGAAAGAGGCGGAGACUUGUACUGGUUUUUUAGGAGGGGCGGAGCAGAAAGUUUUGUAUCACUGGGCGUGUGUUGCCUGUGUGUGUUUGUGCGUGUUUAUAUGUUUGCAUGUGAGUGUGCAUGGGCUGUCUGCUUGACAUAAACUGUAAGCUAAAGUGCUUCCAGAGCAACUGAAACCAGCGAAAGUGGAGCAAUCUUGACACAAUCUCCAGCAAACUAAAGGAUACACACGCAAAGUCAGAUCUAUGUCGCAGUCAAGCCAGUCAACACCCAAACCGGCACCUCAGGUUUCUACUGGGAGCACCGCACAGUUUGAGAAGGCACCUUCAGGAUCCACCAUGACCACAAAGCCUGGGGUAGUUACCACGGCAGCGGGCGGGGCCUCAGGGAGUGGUGUGACAGCAGGAGCAGCUGCUAAAGCUGGAACUGCAGGAAAGGAUUCGCCUAAAGCCAAACCAGAGGCUUCUCUGGGCUAUCAAGUCAAAGCCUCAGUCCAUUCUCCUGCUGCUGGAACGGCUGCCACCACAGCAGAGACCAAACCUAAAGACGCAGCCCAGAGCACAACAACAACCACAACAGUCAAAGCCGACGCCGGUAAAACGUCCAAGCCAGCUGCAGCAGCUGUGACUGAAAAUGUUUCAGCUCAAGCGAAGAAGGAAGACACUAAGGCAGCACAAACAAAGGUGCAGGUGGAGGUUCCUCCCACGACAGCAAAAGUGACAGCAGCCAAACAGCCUCCAGCCCCUGCAGAUGCAAAACCCAAGGAUGUUCCUAAACCGCUGAGCACUGACCAGGCGCUGGAUUCCCUUUCAAUGGGUUUUGCAUCCACUGCUCCAGCGGCGCCCAAGAAGCAGGAAAAAGCUGCUGCAGCUGCUCCUCCUGCUGAUAAGAAAGCCAAGAUGGACAAAACCUCAGAUGGGUUCUCAUUGGACGCUGCAGUUUCCUCUCAUCCCUCCACGAAAACCGUUCCUCCUAUAGCUGUGUGCCCCGCUAAGGUCAGCACCCCGGUCAAGUCCGACAAGGGUGAGUCUAUUCCUGGGGAUGCUCUCAGUGCCCUCGAUGACAUGUUGGGACCAGCUGAACCAAAACCAGAACCUCCCAAACUCAGACCUGAAGAUGUCGUAAGGGAGGCGAACAUCAAGCCGGAGGUGGGUGUUCGAGUAGGAGAGAGGGAGGACACGCUCCCUCCAGGUUACAGGUCUAAGAAGGAGGAGAUAAAAAAUCUGCCUGCUCCUAAACCUGAGCCGACUAUGGGAGCCGGAGAAGCUUUGGACUUUUUAUCUGGAGACUUCACAGGCCCAGCAGCAGCAGCAGCAGCUAAAGUCCAGGCUCCGGUGGUCACACCGUCAGCUGCUCCCGCACAGAAAGCGCCCCCUGCUGUCAAGAAAGCGCAAACAGACCUCUCUCUGGAAGCUGCUGUGUCUGCUGGCAGCGCUCAGAAAGUGGAGUCCUCUGGAGUUCCUCCUGUUUCUGGGAAGAAGCCUUCAGCCGUGAAAACAGGCACCGUGGAUAAACCAAAGAGUGAUCAGGGCGGCGAAAUGUCUCUGGAUGCUCUCAGCGCUCUCGUUGACACGCUGCCAGAAGACAAACCGAAACCAGAACCUCCCAAAGUCAAGCCUCAGGACAUCGUAUCGGAAGGCAAAGUGAAGCAGGAAAAGGGUGUGCGGGUAGGAGAGAGGGAGGACACACUUCCCCCGGAUUAUAGGUUUAACAAAGAAGAGCUCAAAAAGUUGCCCGCUCCAAAACCAGAGCCCAAAAUGGAGACUGGUGAUGCUCUGGACUUUUUGUCUGGAGACUUCACGACCUCGUCUUCAGCUGCUCCUGUCCAGGCUCCAGUUGUAAAACCCUCAGCUCCUCCAGCUCAGACAAAGGUGGAGAAUUUGGCUGCUUUGGAAAGUCUUGAUUCUGUCGCUCCAUCUAAAGCGUCUGGAGUCCACGCGCCUGUUCCUCCCCCUACAAAGAAAACUCCUGAGAAAGUUGCUGCAGCUCCUGCAGCUGCUCCUCCUGCUGAUAAGAAAGCCAAGAUGGACAAAACCUCAGAUGGGUUCUCAUUGGACGCUGCAGUUUCCUCUCAUCCCUCCACGAAAACCGUUCCUCCUAUAGCUGUGUGCCCCGCUAAGGUCAGCACCCCGGUCAAGUCCGACAAGAAGACCGUUUGUCCGAUGGAGCAACAACCCCAAGCUGUCCAGAAGAAACCAGAGCUAGCAAAGGUAACACUGACAGGGGACUCCAUCUCUCUGGAUGCUCUCAGCGCUCUUAGCGACACACUUCCAGAGGACAAGCCAAAACCCGAACCCCCCAAACUCCGACCUGAAGACAUCGUCUCGGUGGGCAAAAUCAAGAAAGAGGAGGGUGUGUUUGUGGGUGAGAGAGACGACACACUGCCUCCAGACUACAGGUUUAACAAGGAAGAACUUGAGAAACUGCCUGCUCCCAAACCCGAGCCUGCCAUGGGAACUGGAGAGGCUCUGGACAUUUUGUCAGGAGAUUUCACAUCCUCCUCUGCGGCUCCUGUCAGCCAGGCUCCUGUCGGCCUCCCAUCAGCCCCUCUGGCAAAGUCGCCUGAUGCCGCCCUGGAUGCCUUAUCGGGAGAAUUCGUUGCCUCCUCUGCAGCUCCGUCUGUGAAAUCUGCACCUUGCGUUGCACCGGAUGCCGACAUACCGUUGCCGGCAGAAGCGGACAACGCCCUCGACACUCUGUCCGACACGCUGAAGGACAUCGCCCCCGCUCCGCAGCCUGCCCCCGUCCCCGCCAAGGACGUUGUCAAGGAGAAGAAGCUCGUCGAAGAGAAGUUGAUUAAGACGGGAGAAAGAGACGACAGUCUGCCUCCGGAGUUUCGGCCAACUAAGGAAGACUUGGAGAAACGACCAAAGGGUAAAGCACCGGCAAAACCCAAGGAGAAGUCCAUGGAUGACCAAACCGCCUUGGAUCUGCUGUCUGGGGAUUUCUCUACACCUGACCAGGCCUCUGCUCCGGUCAACACAGACACAACAAAACUGGAGCCUCCUGUGCUGGACGCAAAACCACAGAAGCCGAUGGCUGGUCCUGUCCUGGAGUCCCUGGCCGACACUCUGACCCCAGACAACAUAAAGGCCAAAUCCAAAACAGACAAGCCGAAGGGCAAGGGCAAGUCAAAGUCAAAGUCUAAAAAACAAGAGACCCAACCUGCUGCCGCUGACGUGCUCUCGGCUCAGCCGAGCUCGGAUGUUGUGCCCACGUCUACGACAAAGGGAGGCAAGAGCUAGUUCACUCGGUUGUGGGUGUAAUUCCUCCGCCAGACCACAGGGACGCAUCAGCGAGGGAGCUGCUUUUCGGAUGUUGAUUCUAUUUUUCUAACUCAUCAAGAAUGUAUAGUAGUUGACCGACAAACUUAGACACAGCCUAAAACACUUGCUCAAAAAAAAAAAAAGAAAAAGAAAAAAAAAAGCCCCACACACACAAACAUACCUGCGAGCACCGACUUAUUUCUAAGUUUUCUGUUCAAAGACGUCAAAAAAAAAAACUGCUUGGUUUCUUGGGGGGGGGAAACGGAACUGAAAAGACUUUUCACAUCAAAAUGGGUCGAGAGAACGAGAGAGGCGAGACCAAGAGAGAAUGAAGAAACUGUUUGGAAACAAACGCAAGAAACCUUUAACCUUAAAGUCCUGCAUCUCAGCUGGCGUGACACCUGAACAUCGUGACGCAACACUUGCGUAAGCUUAGGUUGUGUGGGAGCAUUGUGGGGCGAGUGUUUUGUGUUGGGAUCUUGAUGUACACGGAAAAAGCCAAGUUGUCUGUCAAGUUGUGGUUGGAUGCUCUGGAGAACACUAGUGUACAGCUCUGUGUGUGUGUGUGUGUGUGUGUGCGUGCGUGUGUGCGCGCGCGCGUGUGUGUGUUUUAACCAGUGCGUCGUUUACAUGUACAAUUAUGUGGAGGACUUCUGGGACGCGCCAAGCUUAUGUCUGUAUCUCGGAGCUUUUUGCAAACGCUUCUUCUGUUUCUGCAAACAAAAUGUCUGUUUAGAGAAGGAAGGGUCUUUUAGUAUGUGUCUUAUUAUGAAAAAGAAAAAUGUGGCAUUCACAAGUGUACUUAGUAAACUGAUAUGUUUACAAGGUUUGUGAAGUGCUAUCCUUCAUAUGCUGUAAAAAUGAAAAAAAAAAAGACUUUCUGCUCUUUUAAGAAAAACACUGUAUAAUUUACAGAGGGUUGCUUCUUUUUUUUUUCUAACCAAAUAAAUCAUAUUAAAGAAAAUGCAAACCUUAGAAUUAUUACAUUUGGCAUCAUUUGUGCCAAAACGUGUACUUAAAGCCAACAUGAAAAAUCUCAUCAUUUAACGAUGCCAAUGACAAAAAAUAAAUAAAAAUCAGGAACGAAAACCAAAACUGGUCCAACGGAAUCAUGCGUUAUUAAAGCUCUAAGGAACAGAAUCUCCUUAAAUGCAGCUUUCUCUUCUCCUAACAUGUGGGUUUUUGUGAAUGCUGUUGAAGCAGCAGGCCGCUUCCUCUCCACUCCAAAGGGUUUUAAAGCGAAUGUCUUUGUCUCAAAUAUUGUAAUUUCACAUCUUCGCCAGAGUUUUACAUUUGGAAAAAUACUAUAAAAUAAA